AACACGAAAUCUACGUGUAACAAAAUCCUUCUUUGAAUCCAAAGAGAAUCCAAAUCCAAAGUUGAAACAUGAAACUUGUAACACAUGCAGAAGAAAAUAGUUGCAUAUUUUUACCAAGUCCCUAUAAAUAGAAGCACGCAUAGCUAGCCAUAGGACAACAUCACUUUCUCUAUCCCCAUCCAGAAUAUUCUUUCAUUUCUUUGAUUCGCUUAACACUUUUUGCACCGCCAUACAACCUUUCAGCACCUGCUUCUCGUUUUGUUUUGUUCUUCAUUGUUCUGUCAUUGUCAUUGACAGAAGCUAAAAGGCAAAGACGGAAUGGCCAAUCCCCUGCAACUCAAGUCAUUGAAUCAUAUCUCAAUUGUGUGUGCAUCAGUGGAGAAAUCCGUUGAUUUUUACGUGAACGUUCUUGGGUUUUCUCCUAUUAAGAGACCUAGUUCUUUAGACUUCAAUGGUGCAUGGUUAUUCAAUUAUGGCAUUGGCAUACACCUUCUCCAAUCAGAAAACCCAGAAGGCAUGCCCAAGACUGCUCCCAUUAAUCCCAAGGACAACCACAUUUCUUUCCAAUGUGAAAGUAUAGCAGCGGUGGAGAAAAGACUGCAGCAAAUGAAAAUAGAGUACGUGAAAAACAGAGUAGAGGAAAGUGGAACCUACGUUGAUCAGCUAUUCUUCCACGACCCAGAUGGCAUGAUGAUUGAAAUCUGCAACUGUGACAACAUCCCUGUGGUGCCUUUAACAGAGGACAAAGUAUGGUCAUGCUCACGCUUCAAUUGCAAUAUUCAAAAUCACCAGCAGCAGAUUCAACAAAUGAUACCAAUGUAGUAAACAAGUUGCAAUGACAUGCCUGCCUUCAAUCCCCGUUAAUUCUUGUAUAUAACGAUCACAUGUAAACCAUGUUGUGUGUUAGCAAUAGUAAUAAAUUUUUCUGAAGAAAGUAUAAUUAGUAAAACUUUUUCUUUUCAUCGUUUUUCUCUUUUGUUGAGUUGGGACUUGGGGUGAAUGGGUGACGGUGAUCCAUUCCUAUAGUUCUAGCAUGUAUUCUAGACUGCAUAUGAAUUGAUAACCCAUUUGGAUUGGCUUCCCCUUCAUGUGCAAGGGAGGUUGAUUUAAC